CAAGUGAGUGAGUUGGCCUGCAGAUUAUCGAAUCAUGGCACACAGAUUCCCUCCCGUGCAAGGAGGAGGCUCCCUCAUAGUCGCCUGGCAGGCGAAAGCGAAACAUGUUCUAGUUGUUGGUGGUGGAGAAGUGGCUGCAGGUCGCAUCCUCCACGCCCUCAAUGCCGAUGCCAAAGUAACCGUUGUCUGCCCUACCUCCGGCCUCAAUGAUGAAGUGGCUUUUCGGGUAGCAGAGGGACAAGUUAAUCACAUUGAUAGGAACUUUGAGCCUGCCGAUCUGGAAGGCGCAGAUAUGGUGCUCUGUGCCAUUGAUGAUCCGGACGCCUCGACACAGGUUUGGAAGCUCUGCAAGGAGAAGCGGAUCCCGGCAAACAUAGCUGAUGUGCCGUCGGAAUGUGAUUUUUACUUUGGUAGCGUCCAUCGUGAUGGGCCAUUGCAGGUCAUGGUCAGUACCAAUGGAAACGGACCCAAAUUGGCCAGCAUUGUCCGCAAGAAGAUAGCGGACACUCUCCCCGAUAAUAUGGGCGCAGCUAUAGACAACGUGGGUAAAUUGCGGAGGAAGCUGAGGGAUAUCGCCCCCAAUCCUGACCAAGGCCCGAAACGAAUGAAAUGGAUGUCUGGAGUUUGCGAGUCAUGGAGCUUAGAGGAUCUUGUUCAGAUGGAUGACAGUGACAUGGACGGUCUUUUGACCCAUUACGCAUCCGGGAAAAUCCCAACCCUGAAUGAAGUUCGGUCCUCUUGACCGGAGCCGCUCAGUAGAGACCCUGUAGCACUUUAAAUCGAUAUUGGCUUCGUGAGGCCUAGGACAGCUCACUCAUGUCCAAGGGCACAUCCAAGUUUACUGAUAAUCGCUCAGUGACUCAGACCUAUCUAUCAUAACGGAAACGCUCCCAUGAUAAAUGCUAUUUUGUACAUAGAAUAUAAGCCCU